ACAAUUUUUUUUGCUGCGGCCGCCCGACGUUGAGAUACCCUGAUAUUAGUACUGCGGCUGAUAUUGUACUUUCAAGUUAAUGGUUAAUGUUUGAGGAUGAGAUGAAACAGUCAAUGAUCUCUACAAGCUAUACCAAAAUACUAGUCUGCCCGCAGGUAUCUACUUCCCUGAGGCGCUCGCUACCACUCCGCUCUCCAUCAUGGAGGGAAACCUGUCUGUAGCGAGUGACGUGACGUCCAUCCUGAUAUUUUUCGUGAACGGACAGAAGGUAGUGCUCAAAGAUGCAAAUCCCGAGCAAACUCUGCUGCAAUUCUUACGCAAUAACUUACGACUAUGCGGCACGAAACUUGGCUGCGGUGAAGGUGGAUGUGGCGCUUGUACUGUGAUGAUCUCACAAUGCUCACCCCACGAUCAAAAAGUCAGGCAUCAAGCAAUCAACGCCUGUCUUGUGCCGAUCUGUGCUGUUGAUGGCUGUGCUGUGGUCACAGUGGAGGGUAUAGGUAGUACCAAGACCAGACUACAUGCUGUACAGGAACGCAUUGCCAAGUGCCACGGCUCCCAGUGUGGCUUCUGCACGCCCGGUAUUGUGAUGUCAAUGUACACGCUACUGCGUAACAAUCCACAGCCGAGCCAGGCGGAAAUGGAGGGUGUCCUUGCUGGCAAUCUCUGCAGAUGCACUGGUUACCGACCUAUCCUGGAGGGCUUCAAGACGUUCACCAAGGAGUUUUGCUGCAAAGGACCGGGUGCUGAUGGUCAGUGCUGCAUGACAAUGAAAGAUGAAAGUGGGGUUGAUGUCUCCACAGCAUUGCAUGACGUCAGCAAGUUUGCGCCGUAUGAUCCUACCCAAGAGCCAAUAUUUCCACCAGAGUUGAUGAUUUCCAAACGAUCCAAGACGCCGUCACGUUUGAUCGUAAAAGGUGAACGUGUCUGCUGGAAUCGACCUCAGAGCUUGGAGCAGCUUCUCUCCCUUAAACAUCAAUAUCCUAGGGCACAAAUUGUAGCUGGCAAUACAAAGAUUGGUUUGGAGAUGAAGUUCAAAAAUCACGUGUAUCCAGUGUUGAUAUCACCAUCAGAGAUCAAGGAGCUACACACAAUCCAGUCCAGCGAGACAGAGUUGACAGUGGGUGCUGCUGUUACGCUGACUGAGUUUGGACAUGUCAUGGAAGAGCUGAUCAAGACACUGCCUGAGUAUAAGUCCAGAGUGCUAGUGGCGUUGACUGACAUGCUGCAAUGGUUUGGUAGCCAGCAAAUACGCAAUGUUGUGACUGUUGGAGGGAAUGUGAUGGCGGCUAGUCCGGUGUCGGACCUCAAUCCUCUGCUUGCGGCUGCGAGAAGUCGCCUGACUUUCGCGUCCAAAGAAGGUGGAGAACGCACCAUUGCAUUCACCAGUGAUUUCUUCACCGGUCCCCCUAAUCAGAAAGUAGCGGCGAGGGAGGACGAAGUGCUCUUGUCCAUCACUAUCACCUUCACUGAAGCGAAUGAGUUCCUCUACUGGUUCAAGCAAGCACGACGUCGUGAUGGAGACGCAGCCAUUGCCAGUGCUGCCAUGCGUGUGAAGCUCAGUGACGAUGCGAGCGAGGGGAAGAGAACCGUAGAAGAUUGUUCGCUGGUGUUUGGCGCCAUGGCAGCAAAAACCAAGAGCGCACCGAAGACGGAACAGCUUCUGAUAGGGCAGGAGUGGUCGAAUGACAUACUACCCGCUGUCUCUAAGUCACUCGUGGAUGAUCUGCCACUAGAGAGUGGUGCGCCGGGUGGAAUGAUAGAGUACAGACAUUGCCUUGUCAUCAGCUUCUUCUUCAAGUUUUUCAUCUCCGUCACGAACUGCAUCGCAACAAUAGCAGUGGAAGAUGCAAGCGCUGUACCCAAACCAGAGAGGCUGCUAAGCAAAAGUGCACAGAUCUAUCAGGAAGUGCCAUCCGACCAGUCAGCGGACGAUACUGUUGGACGUCCCAUAGCUCAUCUCAGAGCAGAACAUCACGCCACUGGCGAAGCAGUCUAUAUCGAUGAUAUUCCAAGUGUGGAAGGUCAGCUGUACAUGGGCCGUGUUACCAGUACAGAAGCGCGUGCUAAGAUCAAGUCCGUUGAUACCAGUGCUGCGCUGGCGAUGCAAGGUGUGAGCCAUUACAUCUCAGCAGCAGAUGUUCCUGGUGCAAAUUACAUGGGACCUGUGGUCGAUGAUGAACCUCUCUUUGCUGACGGAAAGGUGUUUGUCAUUGGCCAGACUGUCGGUGUUGUGCUGGCUGAAACACGUGAACUUGCACAGCGAGCUGCUCAUGCUGUCCGUGUUGAGUACGAAGACCGAGAGACUCCUAUUAUUACCAUGGAGCAAGCUAUAGAUGCCGAAUCUUUCUAUGGCGUACCGCGCGAGGUCAAGAAAGGAGACACCGACGCUGCGUUUUCUGAUUCCGCUACCAUUAUUAAAGAGGGCGAGAUGCGAGUGGGAGGACAGGAGCAUUUCUAUCUGGAGACUCAGGCCAGUCUAGCUGUACCCGGAGAGGAAGAUGAGAUGACCCUGUACACUUCAACACAGCAUCCAGCCUCGUCGCAGAGAAUGGCUGCCAAGGCCCUCGGUGUCCCGCAGAACCGAGUCACAUGUCAUGUCAAACGCGUUGGUGGUGCGUUUGGUGGCAAGCAAAGCCAUAGCGGCAUACUCUCCAGCAUGGCGGUGGUUGCGGCCAAAGUAUCUGGAAGACCUGUCCGCUUCAUGCUGGAUCGUGAUGAAGACAUGGCUAGCACGGGGCAGAGGCACCCGAUCUUGGCCAAGUACAAAAUUGGAUUCACAAAGAAUGGGAAGUUGACUGCCUUGGACAUCAAGUUCUAUGUGAAUGGCGGAUGGACUAUGAGUCUCUCUACAGCGUUUGUUUGGAAAUCUGCCAGCAGUAUUGACCACUGCUACCACUGGCCAAACCUGACCAUUCAUGGCCGGGCGUGUCGCACCAACCUACCGUCGAACACUGCCUUCCGUGGAUUUGGGGAGGUGGAGAUUGCCAUGCUAACUGAAUCCAUCAUGACAGACGUGGCAGGCUGGUGUUCUCUACCCGUAGAGGAGGUACGCGAGAAGAACAUGUACCAAACUGGUGACAAGACGUUCUACCUGCAGAAACUGGAGAAUGUCACCUUGCUGCGCUGCUGGAAGGAAGUCAUUGACCGUGCUAACCUAGACAAACUCAAGGCAGAUGCUGUACAGUUCAACAAGGCCAAUCGCUGGAAGAAACGAGGGGUCGCUGUGGUACCGACCAAGUACGGAGUUGGAUUUGUCCCUGUGCCGGAGAGCAGUCAGGGCGCUGCAUUCAUUGUGGUGUACGUGGAUGGUUCUGUACUACUAACUCAUGGUGGUGUGGAGAUGGGUCAAGGACUGCACACCAAGAUGAUACAGAUCUGCAGUAGAGUGCUGGCUAUUCCCACGUCCAAGAUCUUCCUCAGUGAGACAAGCACUAAUACUGUACCGAAUACGACACCCACUGCAGCGUCGGCGUCCACGGACUUGAAUGGCUAUGCCGUCAAGGAUGCAGCUGAGAAGAUCCGUGACCGACUGGAGCCGUACAGGACCAAAAACCCUGACGGAUCGUGGGAUGAUUGGGUACAAAGUGCCUUUCAGGACAAAGUUUCUCUCUCAGCCACAGGCAUGUAUGGUGCGCCAACUCCUAUGCUGGAAAGCGGUCGCAUCGGCUUCCAGUACUUCACCUAUGGGGCAGCAUGCUCGCACGUAGAAAUUGACACAUUGACAGGUGACUGGCAGGUUUUGAAGACCGAUAUUGUGAUGGAUGUUGGAAAUAGCUUGAACCCAGCAAUCGACAUUGGACAAAUCGAAGGUGCCUUUGUCCAAGGUAUGGGCUAUUUCACCAUGGAGGAAACUCUUGUGUCACCAAGCGGAUAUGCGCUGAGUCGUGGGCCAGGCACGUACAAGAUUCCUUGCUGUGGUGACAUUCCCAAGGAAUUCAAUGUAGCCCUGCUGCGCAGUGCUCCCUGUGACAAGGGCAUUUGCUCAUCCAAGUCUGUUGGCGAGCCGCCGUUGUUUCUUGCAUCGUCUGUAUUCUACGCUAUCAAAGAUGCCAUCACUGCAGCAAGGUCUGAUGCUGGUGUGACGGGUGUGUUCCGACUGGACAGCCCUGCCACCGUUGAACGUAUACGCAUGGCAUGUGCUGAUCACGUUGCACGUACACAGGUGCCACCAGUUGACAAGCAAGCCACGCCCUGGGCAAUCCAGCCCUAGUCCCACCCGUGGCCAGUGACAAUGGUGGAUUGAGAGGUGCUAUAGACGGGUCCUGGUGCUUCACCCGCUGUGCAUCUACAAAUUAAUAUAGUCUGCUUUCUUCCCUGCUCGGCCACAGCUGACAGCAUACACACAUAAUUAUUGUUUUUUUUUCUUGACAGAAGUCUGCCACCAAGCUGCGCAAUAGAUGUUCUAGAGACAAAAAACGCUUGACUAUCGGAAAUAUCGUGAAAUCUGAGAUGUCUCACGAAGCGCGCUUGGUGACAAUAUUCUGCUCUCGUUCCCAUUACAAAUUCUGUUCUGCUGUGCAUGUAGGCAUAUAGCAUACUAUGUAUUGUACUUUCAAGUACUGUACCGGGUACACAUGGUACAUGCACUAUUAUUUUUACUUCAUCUUUAUCUUCUUUACUUAUAAAAGAGAGGCA